AUGGACCCUAAAUCAGCGAGCAACCUUUCCUUCAUUCUCAAUAAACCCCACGAUGUCCAAUUUUCAGACAAGCCUGUCCCUUCCCUCCAAACACCCCACGAUGUCCUCGUCGCAGUGAACUAUACCGGGAUUUGCGGCUCAGAUGUUCACUACUGGGAGCACGGUGCUAUCGGCCACUUCGUUGUUAAGGAUCCCAUGGUUUUGGGCCACGAGUCGUCCGGUACCGUCAUCCAAGUCGGUCCCGAGGUGAAAACAUUAAAGGUUGGUGAUCGAAUUGCUCUAGAACCCGGCUACCCCUGCCGACGAUGCCAACCUUGCCUGAGUGGCAAAUACAAUCUUUGCCCUGAGAUGCGUUUCGCCGCGACGCCUCCCUACGACGGCACGCUGACGGGCUUCUGGGUUGCCCCUGCCGACUUCUGCUACAAGCUACCCGAUAACGUCUCCCUACAAGAAGGCGCUUUAAUCGAGCCCCUCGCCGUAGCUGUUCACAUCGUCCGACAAGCAGUCGUAACCCCAGGACAAUCAGUCAUCGUUAUGGGAGCUGGUCCCGUUGGUCUUCUCUGUGCAGCAGUAGCCCGUGCCUUUGGAGCGUCUAAGGUAGUCUCCGUCGAUAUUGUAGAGUCAAAGCUCGCCUUCGCCAAGUCUUUCUGCUCGACGCACACGUAUAUUAGCCAACGUGUAUCUGCUGAGCAAAACGCAGCCAAUAUCCGGAAGGAGGCAGAUCUUCCCGAUGGUGCGGACGUGGUGAUCGACGCAAGUGGCGCGGAACCCAGUAUCCAGACGAGUUUGCACGCGGUGCGUACGGGUGGCACAUAUGUUCAGGGCGGCAUGGGCAAGUCAGACAUCACAUUCCCCAUCAUGGCCAUGUGUAUCAAGGAGGUCACUGCCAAGGGCAGCUUCCGCUAUGGAAGCGGCGACUACAAGCUCGCCGUCGAGCUCGUCGCCGGUGGCAAGGUCGAUGUCAAGAGGCUCGUCAGCGCCGUUGUUGCGUUCAAAGAGGCCGAGGACGCGUUCAAGAAGGUCAAGCAGGGUGAAGUCAUUAAAAUUCUGAUCGCGGGCCCGAACGAGAAGGGCACCGCUGCUGUUACUGCUAAGGCUUAG